CUGAUAGGUGGCACUGAUUGGCAUUGAUGGGUGACACUGAAAGGCAGCUCAGAUGGGCACUGAUAUGUGGCAUUGAUGUGCACUGGAAUGCGCUGAUAUGUGGCACUGAUGGACACUGGCACGAGGCACUGAUGAGCACUGACAUAAGGCACUAAUGGACACUGACAGGUGGCACUGCUGGGGCUACACUGAUCAUCGGGGCACACUGAUCAUCAGUGCCCUGCGGCUCUCCUUUCCUCUCGAGCUGUCAGUGUGACAGCUCGAGAGGAG